AUGGCAGCCCCCUAUUAUACUAUGGGACGAUGUGGAAAGAGACACUUCCACAGCUUCUACGUGUGCAAGCGGCCUUCAAGCACUGCGAGCACUCAGCGAACCAUCUACUACCGCGAUCCUGGGGAUUCGGAUUCUGACAGUGAUAUGGAGGCACCCGACGACUUUGAACAUGCCAACCAGCCCGUGAAAAGGGUAUAUUGGGCAAGCUCGUUCACUUACAGCCCCCAGGAGAGAAUGUCAGGGUGGAACAGCCGAGUUUCUGGCCGUCUUAUUUCUCAUGUUGUGUCUCAACCCGGUUGUGCGGAGUUCGUUGUUGGAUUAAAUGCAAACAUACACGAUUCAAGCGGAUUGCGAGACAGUGAAUACGCUCUGAGAACUCACCACUUUAUCAACGUAUUCGAAAAGGUGGAAUCCACAUUACCAAAGCGAGUGGAUUGCAUUUUCAGAAACAUCACCGAGACGUAUACAGAGGCCAGUACCGGAGGUGGCAAGGGAAUGGGUUACGAUGCAGAGCGACCGCUCUCAGCAAGAAAUGUCUGUAUUGCCUAUCUAGAUGCUGGCGAGCAAUUCAUCGGUGGCAACUCCAUUGGCACAACCAACUCUUUGCUUGAGUGA